AUGUACAUUCACAAUGGAGGCGCAAAGACUAUCGAACGAGAAGCGAUGGAAAUGGCGAAAGAAGCCCCUGAGAUUCCUCUGGAUUUUCUUGUGGUUUUGGAAAAGAGACACACAAACAAAAAGACCGGUGCUAUCCAAGACCUAGAGAUUCGUGAGAAGAUUGAAAUCUGCAAAAAGAUGAAAGAGGACAAGAUUGUGGAACUCUCGCAACUCACUCUCGAUGGAUCGACUUCUUCAAACGAGUUACCCCGAGAAGAGAUCAACGAUAUUGUUCUCAGUGGUAGAUUUGUCGGGUUAGGCGGACUCCCAAGCCAAGAGUCUUCUUCUUCAAAUUAUUGUGUCCCAUCUGCAAACUAUAAAGCCGACAUGGAAAGACUUUCUCUAACGGUUAAAGAACGUGACAAGGAGGUUGCAGACCUUAAGGCUGCCAACCAAUCAACCCGUCAAGAGCUAUCCGAUUUGAAAGAACUUUUGAAGACCGUAUUACCUAACUACUUUAAAUAG